AUGUCUUUCAAUCUCCUUUCACAGCAUUACGUUUGGAAACAGGUGUUCGAAUACCUUGAUCCUCAGUAUCUUGACUGGCCUCAUUACAGAUUCCCGCUCAUAAACAGCACGAUUAAACAACUACGGUGCGAUAUAAUGUGCUUUCAAGAACUUGAAUGUCUGGUAUAUCAGAACUUCUGGCGAAAUCUGUUUCCGCUAGAUAAUUACCAGCUGAUCUAUUUGAGAAAGCCGCAGCCAGCAUAUUGGGGAACAAGGCCACCCGAGUUCAUGGACGGCGUUGGCAUAUUCUUCAACAAAUCCAGGUUCGAUCUCAUCGAGUCGAGAAAUUUUCACUUUGGCGGCUAUGUCGCUGAUCAUGGCGACAGGUUCGACCUCACCGAGGACGUCAAUUCGAGACUUAUACCCCGGAACACCGUGGCUAUUUUAGCGCAUCUCUACGACAAGUUCAAGAAGACUCAUUUGUUUAUCACAAACACGCAUUUGUAUUGGCUGCCGGCAUUCAAUGAUGUCAAGUUAUUGCAAACCAAGCUCCUUCUCAAUGCGCUCGCCAGGUUUGUUGCAGACUCAGAACUUGAAAACCCUCCUGUUUUGAUGUGUGGUGACUUCAAUUCUACGCCAACGUCGUCAGUCUACCGUCUUCUUUCAAGAGGAAGAGUUAACAUAGAUACUGCUCAGGAGUUCAACUCCCGUGAGUAUGGGUCGUUGCUUGAUGGAGAGGAGGUAGAAACUUAUAUCAAGAAUCCAUUCGCUCUUUCCCCUGCCUAUGGACCCCUUCUUGAUAAUUCUCUCUCGGAAACUCUUGAUUUUACGAGUUAUACUAGAAGUCUCACUGCUGUUUUGGACCACAUAUGGUUCUCCAAGAACCAGUUGGUCUCGACAAAGGUACUCGGCAAGGUCGAAAAGAACUACAGCCUAAAUGCACCCGGCUUUCCUGAUAGACAAUUCCCAUCAGACCACAUUGCCUUAGUGUCUGAAAUUGACUACGCAUAA